CCCGCCUCGCCCUGCGCCAGUGGCCAGGAUGGCGGCGUCUUCGAGCGGCGAGAAGGAGAAGGAGCGGCCGGCCGGCGGAGCCUCGGGAGCGGCGGGCGGGAACAGCACGCGGGAGCGGCUGCUGUCAGCGCUGGAAGACCUGGAGGUCUUGUCGAGAGAACUUAUUGAAAUGCUGGCAAUAUCAAGAAACCAAAAGUUGUUACAGCCUGGAGAAGAAAACCAAGUGCUAGAGUUGUUAAUUCAUAGAGAUGGUGAAUUUCAAGAGCUGAUGAAAUUGGCACUUAAUCAAGGGAAAAUCCAUCAUGAAAUGCAAGUUUUAGAAAAAGAAGUAGAGAAGAGAGACAAUGAUAUUCAGCAGUUGCAAAAGCAGCUAAAGGAAGCAGAACAGAUACUGGCAACAGCUGUUUACCAAGCAAAAGAAAAACUCAAAUCAAUAGAUAAAGCAAGAAAAGGUGCUAUUUCCUCUGAAGAAAUAAUUAAGUAUGCACAUAGGAUUAGUGCAAGUAAUGCUGUAUGUGCCCCACUGACCUGGGUUCCAGGGGACCCACGGAGACCAUACCCAACUGACUUAGAGAUGAGAAGCGGGUUAUUGGGUCAAAUGAACAACCCUUCUUCUAAUGGUGUGAACGGUCACCUACCAGGAGAUGCACUUGCAGCGGGCAGAUUGCCAGAUGUCCUUGCUCCUCAGUACCCAUGGCAAUCAAAUGAUAUGUCAAUUAAUAUGCUUCCACCAAGUCACAGUAGUGACUUUUUACUGGAACCUCCAGGACAUAAUAAAGAAAAUGAAGAUGAUGUAGAAGUUAUGUCAACAGACUCCUCCAGCAGUAGUAGUGACUCUGAUUAAAAAUCAUUGACAAGAAACUGAAUAAUAAAAAACUCAGUUUCUUAAAGAUAGGCAGGUAAUGUUGGAUACAAUGCAGUUGUGCAGUUUUGUUUUCUUUUUUAAUGUAGGAGUACUGCUAUUUAUUCAGCCACUGAUUAGCUGAUUGAAUUGGGCAUGAACUCCACAUGGACUUUUCUUUUUAAAGCCAUAAAUCAUGGCUUCAGUUCUAAACCACUAGAGAAAAAUUUACUGUUGGAAAAGCUUAUUCUGGUCAGUGCUAUCUGACCCUCUGACCCUGUUCUAUUCCAGUUGUGUUGGACUUGUACAUAGUAGUUAUUUAAAUAAAAUUUGAGGGACAUGACUUAUGUACAUAUCACUAAUAUAGUCUUGGAAAUACAUAGAAAACCUAAAAAAAUAAAAGAGGACAGUGCUGAUUGUAUACCAUAAUCUCAAAAUCCAAACCUCAUUUGAAAGUAAAGGCUGUUAUCUUCUGUCACAGUAACAGGAGAAAUUCUCUGUAUUAUAUGUACCUAUUGUAAUUAUUGUAAAUAAAUCACUUUAGUUUGUA